AUGGGUCCUGACAGGGGUGGAGCCCAUCUCAUGGCGCUCUGUGCCGUGUCUUCAUUCAUUUGGCUCUCAUACUCCCUCGAGAAACACUCCCUGGACGAGAAAAUCCGGCUUUCUUCCUUUUCUAUCCUCUUCGUCUCUAGCAUCAUCACCUUUGGUCUGAGCUUCUUUUCCGGCUGGUUACCUGGCGCUACCGGCCGGUUCGACGACGAUAUCGGGCCGCUCAAGGUCACCCAUGUGAACCAUCCACCCAGGCCCCGCCGUUACUUCCUGCCCGCCCUCGUGGCAUGUGUUGUUGCCAGGGUUGAGCUCUUCAAAUGGGUCGAGUAUGAUCUUCAAUGCUCCAAACCUGCCCUCGAGUGUCUUCUACCUCUGGCCCUGCUCUCCAUCGAGUUUGUCCGGCAUGUCUCGCCCAAGGCCGAGGCGGAUAACGAGGAUGACAUGGCCAACACCGUCUUUGACGACGUCACGGCAUGGUUCUUGAGCUCCAAGUCGAUGCUGGUGCUGAGUAUUUCCCUCCCUACAUAUGGCGCCUAUCUGGCCUUGCAGCCCAGCGCCAGGUCGACUGUGUUCUGCUCAGCCGCGGAUCCCAAGGUCUUGGUCGUCUUCUCGCAAUGGAUCAGCCUCGGACUCGACUCGGCCAUCUUGAUCCUGGCCUGGCGCAUUCUGGCCUGGACUCGCACCACCCGGAGUCGUGUGAAGACCCUCAGCUACGUCUUGCAUCUGAGCGCCGUCGGGGUGGGUUUCAUUGUCUUGCUCACGAAGCUCACAAAGACCGCGUCCAUGGCCAGCAGUGCAGCACUGGCGAUCAAGGGCAUAGAUUCCCUCUACGUGUUUGAUAUUGUCGUCGACAGCUUUGUCUUUUCCGCUCUCUUGAUUUCGGGCAGCCUCUUCCUCUGUGACUCGACACCGCUGAACCUGACUUGCCUGAUCACCUGUGUUGGCGGCCUCUUUGCUGCCGUGCAUGGCGUGCUCCAGGUUGGAAGCUUCACAUCCAUGUCGGCUUUUAAAGCCUGGUUCCCGCUCCUCAUGCUCUGUCUGGGCUUUUCCAUGUUUCUAUUUCACACCAAUCAACGCUCCAUCUUCUUCAUCCGGAGAUCAUUUCUCGUGCUCUUUCUCUUCCUUCUCAUCGUCGGUAGCGGGAUUUACAGUUUCUUAGCAAGCAAAAUCAUCCGCGAGCACGCACUACACAAGCUCAUAUAUGACAGGAGGAUUGGGCAGGAUCGAUGGCUACGCCACGCGAGUAUAUCGUCCUCGCUGCGCGUUGCUGCUCAGGAAUACAAAGAGAGAAAUGAUGGACGCGAGCCGCCGAAAGGCUUCGACGCCUGGUAUCAAUUCACCACCGAUCGUCAGUCUGUCAUCAUCGAUCACUUUGAGCAGACGAGGCAAGACUUGCUGCCAUUCUGGGGCAUGAAGCCCUCGGACCUGCGAGACAGCGUCAGGGCCUUAUCGACAGAGCCAGAGAUGGCCAUCGUGACAGUCAAGGACAAGGCGGUGUCUCACAGCCUCCCACCCGAGAGCCCUCACAAGCAAGCCGUCGAAGAGCUCGUAGGGAUGGUCAAGACUUUCGUGCAACACUUGCCGGACAUGGAAUUCGCCGUCAACCUCGACGAGAGCCCACGAGUUCUCACCCCGUGGGCCGACUUGCAACAGCUGAUCAACAAGGGCAAGCCGGGAAAGCUCAGCCUCCUGGCACAGCGAUCGCUGGAGCAGGUUGCUGACGGGGUGUCGCUCCGGCGAGACGCACCCGGACCAACAGCCCUCGAUGCGCACCACAGACCUCAUCUUUCUCCCCGUGACUUUCGGCAAAUGAACGCCAUCACUUGCCCUCCAGGCUCAGAGGCCAGGUCUGGUACAUACUGGGAUAUCCGGGACUUGUGUGUCACCUGCCUAGCGCCUCACUCGCGGGAGCAAUUUCUCGCCAACUGGGACCUGUCGACCCGGCUAUGCCACCAGCCAGAUAUCCUAAAACUACACGACUUCUACCUUACCUCACCCGCCUCGCCGCCAUGGCAGGAUCUCAGGCCCGUGUUUAGCCGGUCAAAGACCGAUGCGUUCAGCGAUGUUCUGAUACCGCUGCCGCGGGCCGGCGAGGAGAAAAUGGAGGAGGAUGCGGGGAAAUCUCUGGAGAUGAAGAAGGACAGUCUGACCUGGCGAGGCAAGAUGGAGCAGAGCAACCCGAGCCACUCGCUCCUACGGGCUGGCCACCAGACGCGGCUCGUCCACAUGGUCAACAACGCCACGUCGUCGGAGAAGACGCUGAUCCUCCUGCCCUCGGCCUCCAACGGGGACAUCUGGACCUACGAGCGCACCCGGACCGCCGAGCUCAACAAGGUGCUCCCCUUCGACGUCGGCUUCAGCGACUGCGCCGCCGGCUCCGCAUGCGACGAGUUGGGCGGCGCGGCGCCGCCCGCCGACCCGCUCGACAGCCGGUACGUGCUGCUCACGGACACGGCGCGGGGCCCGCCGCGCCGGACGCUCGCGGCGCUGCGGUCGACGAGCGUGCCCUUCGUGGCCUCGGUCUUCCGCGAGUGGUACUCGGAGCGCCUGGCGCCGUGGCUGCACUACGUGCCCGUCGACGUGCGGCUGCACGCGCUGCACGGCACGCUGGCCUACUUUGCGGGCCUGUCGGGCCGGGGCGCGGUCAACGGGCGGGACCCGCGGUGGGACGCGGCCGCGGCGGACGCGAGCUGGAUCGCGGAGCAGGGGCGGCGGUGGGCGGGGCGGGCUCUGCGGAGGGAGGACGCCGAGAUUUACCUCUUCCGCCUGCUGUUGGAGUGGGGGAGGCUUGUGAGCGACCAGAGGGAGGGGAUGGUGUUCCGGGUUGGGGAUAAGAAGGAGAAGGAGAAGACGUGA